UCCUGUUUCGAGCAAAAAAAAUUAUAAAUAUAAACGGUCAGCUAAAAAUUGAAUUGAUGAGUUAGUUUUAUGUUGAUUUUUAUUCUUUAGAAGUUAGGAAAUAAGUCAAAUCAUGAUUUGUCAUAUUGUUUCAGUGUUUUAAUUUUUGAAAAAAAUUUCCGCAUUUAUAUUUAUUCUGAAUUUUGUAGAAUGGUUUUAUGAGAAUAUAGGUCACCUAUAAAGUACUGUGAUUUUCUUCUCAUAAUCAUGGCUAGAGAACCCAUUGUGUUAAAUGUCUAUGACAUGUAUUGGAUAAAUGAAUAUACAUCAGCUUUGGGCCUUGGAGUUUUUCAUUCUGGAGUAGAAGUUUAUGGCACUGAAUUUGCAUAUGGUGGACACCCUUUUCCAUUUUCGGGCAUAUUUGAAAUAAGUCCUCGAGAUGCAGAUGAUUUAGGAGAACAAUUCAAAUUUAAACAGUCUGUAUUAAUAGGACACACAGAUUUUACAGACAGUGAUGUGCGUCAAAUUGUCGAAGAACUAGGAAAGCAAUUUAGAGGAGAUUGGUACCAUUUGAUUACAAAGAACUGUAAUCAUUUCUCUGGUGCUCUCACACAAAUACUUUGUGGUAAAGACAUUCCAUCUUGGGUUAACCGUUUGGCAGAUAUGAGUUCGCGCGUACCAUUCCUUCAGCGCUGUCUGCCUAAAGAAUGGCUCACUCCCAUUGCUCUCCAAGCAACCCUACAGGAGAACGCUGAGACGACAUCUAGUCAACAAGAUGAGAAUCAUCUCUGACGAUCGGCCACCUGGCCUGGGGCUGAACAACCCUAAAGUGCCAUCAAUUAUUUUGUUCUUUAUAUAAAUCAGCAGUCUCAAAAGGUUUAACUACGUAAAGAGAAGAUUAUCUUCGACGGAAGCGAUUUGUAAAAGCCAAAUAAAAGUCAACUUUUUACCAAAGGAAUUUUUUAAAUUAUUUAUAUAAUGACUGAUAACUUUUAUUGAUUAAACAGUGAAUGUGAUAAACUUUUUUAACUGGAAAGUUUAUCUCCUUUUUUGUGUGAGCUGUUUAAAAAUAAACUUGUCCAGUUUGUUCACACGAGUACAUAGCCAUUCCAGUGAUUUAUAUCUAGUAUUAUUAUUGUGUUAAUAAUUUAGUGCUCAAUUUUCAAGUUGCAUGAUUGUUUCAAAAUGUAAAGGGACUGGUUCUUUAGCCAAGAUUAUGAGUUUUUUUAAAAAUAAUUUUAAGAUUUACUUUUUAAAUUCUGAAUAAUGCAUUUGCUGCCAACUCUCCUAGAUUUUAAUAAGUAUGUAAAUACUGAACUAAGCAUUAUUUAUUGUAAUCAGUUUGAUACAUUAGAUACAUAUUGCUGCUAAUUAAUGUAUAAGUGAUUUAAACAAGUAUUGCUGCUAAAUGAGGAAUAUAGCCUCAUUAAAGUAACCAGUUUUACUUUUAAAAAAAUAUUCUAAGGCUUCCAAUUUUUUCUAAAAAGAAAAAAUUGGACAUUCGAAAUUCAAAACAUUCGUUUACAUUCGAAAUUCAAAAAUCUCUAUUUUUAAAUUUAAUUAAGAAUAGAUUACUACCAUCUAAAAUUAACUAAAUAUCUGUUAUUUAAGAAUAUGAACUCAAAGAUUUAAUAAACAGAAUAAAAGCAUUUUAUAUUAAAGUCCAAUUAAUGUCAAUUAUAAAUCGAAAAUAUUGCAAAGAAUUUAAAUUUUAAGUUAUCUGUGUGAUAUAGUUUUUCUAUUGUAUUGCCUAUAAAAAUACCUAAAAUUCCCUAUGUUUAAAAUAUUUUAGUUGUACAAUAAUUAGCAUAAAAUUUAUGUAUUUCGUAAAAUUUUCUAAUUUUUUCUUUUACAUGUUUGCAGCUAUAACUUCAAAUUCUGUCAUAAUAAUUAUUUCAUGUUGUAAUUUAAGUGACUUGAGAGAAGUGUUUCUCUUCACCUAGCUGUUUUUUUAAAAAAUUUUUUUAAUAUUUUUUAAUUCCGAAAUUUGGGCAAGGUUCCUAUUUUAUUUGUAACUGUUGUUGCAUCAUAAUUCAAUGUUGAUUACUUGGAGUAAUUAUUAAAUUUCUGCUUAAUUAAUGAUCAAUUAAAGAGUUAAGAAGAAUAACAUGUAAAUAAUGUGAGUUUAAGAGAAAUUGUUUUAAAUUUAUGGAAGUUAGAUUAAAAAAUUAAUAUGCUAUGCUGACAGCUGAUGAUAACAUAGAGCCUUGUAGUUAUUAAUCUUAAUAUUGGAAAAUGGGAGGUUUUAAAAAUGCUACUUAACAUGUUAUUCAAUUAUUAUUCUAUUACCAAUAGUAGGUUUUACACAUUGCAUUAUCAAUUGAAUAACACAAUUAUCAAUUGAAUACCAUCAAUUGAAUAACUCAAUUGUGGUAAUCUAAAAUUUUUCGUUCAUUGAUUACUUUUUUGUAAAGUCUUGAAUUUUUUCUAGUUGAGCUUUUUUUUUUCUUCCAAAAUUUACAUAACUGGAAAAAACAAUCUUGAUUUAUUAUUAUUUUUUAUUUAAAUUUUGUGUAUUUGCUGUAAUAUAGUUGAUAAAUUUUAAAAGGCAAUUAUUUAGAUCAAAAUUUUUUUUCCAUUCAUUUGUGCUAAUUCUGUUUAUUUAAUUAUUUAUUUUUUUCAAUUGUAAAUCUUAAAUUUUUAUUCCAAAUUUAUUUUUGUUUGGAGGAAUUAUUAAUUUCCAAUAACAUUAAAAUAAAUUUUCCUUAUACACAUGAUCACACAAAGUAUCCAACUUCUUUAAAACAGAAUUGUUUAUUUAAAAAAAUAUGACAUAAAAAAAAUGUUAAAACAUAUUUUACUUUGAUUAAGAAAAUAUUUUUCUGUAUAAAAGGCAGCAAAAAAUUUAUGCAUAUUAACUUUUUCCCUAUGACAUAAAUUCUUCAUAUGUAUUUUUUUCAUGAAUAUUUUUUUAGUAUUUGAAUUAAUAGGUUAAUAUCUAAGUUAAUAACUAAAGCAUGCAUUUUUGUUCGGAGGUUGAGAUAUUUAUUAAACUAUUAUUGAUACUAAAAUUGAUUUCAUUUCAAUUGAUGAAAUUAAUUAUAAAAUUAAGGUGAUAUUUCUUAUUGAAAUGCUUUGAGGAUUAUUAAUGAAAUUUUAAUUCUAAUUGUGGCAUCUUUUAAUUGCUAUUUCUUCAUUUUAUUAAUAUUUUAUGUGAAUGCUUUUUUUUUACACACAGUGCCAUUUUUCUAAUCUUUUUCUUUGCAAUAUAUAUUCUAAGAAACUAAACAGUUUAGACUAAACUGUUUAGUUUUUAUUAAACAAUUAGUACCUUGUUUUAUUUGUAAUUAUCAAUGUAUUUAUAUAUUAUGGAAAAUAUUGCCUUUAUGUUAUAUGGAAAACAUUUUCGAAAGAUUUCUUUUGAAAAUUUUAGUUGCCAUGUUUUGUCUUGUUUUUAAAUGGUCAUUUUUAUCAUUUUACUUAUUUAAAAUACUGUUAGCAUUAUGGUUCAAUAAAAGAAUUAUAUUUCGACAUUCAAUUUAAUAUUGUGGUAUGUAUUUUCACUUGUUUGCAGAGCAUUUUAAUAAUAUAUAUAUGAUAAUUUAAAGUACAGCAAUGCAUUUUAUUUAUAAAACUAUUAGCUUAUGAUUUUGCAUUUAAGUAGACAAAAAUUUUAAAAGCUUUUUACAAAAGAUUUAUCAUUAAGCUGUUUUGCUUCAAUUGCUAAAGCUUAUGUUUUAAUAGCUAUAAUUUAUGCUUCAAUAGCUAAUUCAAUAAUUAUGGUUAUAUAUAGUAUUUUAUAUUUUUCUGUUAAAGUUUUUAUAACGAUAAAUGUUUUUUAUUUGCUUAGAAGGCAACUUUUUUUCAUUGGUCUACUUUAAGUACCAUUUAAUAUAAGAGUCGAACUUCAACGAUCAUUAAGGCUUAAAAUUCUCACAAAAAAUCUAGAUACAGCAGCUUAACUUAAUUAGUGUAACUCAAAUAAUGGGAAAAAUGAUUUUUAUUUUUUCUAUUGGUCUUCUUUUAGUAAAAUUUAAUAUAUUUGAUUGAUAAUCAAACUUUUUCACUUUUAAGGUUUAACUUAAAAGUUAAAGAAAAAAAGAUGAUGAAGCAGCUGAACUGUAACACAAUGUAUUUUAAUAAAAAAUGGAAAUAUUUACAACUAAAAUUUGAAAAUCAGUAAAAUGGUUUACAUAAAAAAAAUAUUUAUUAUUAAAAAGUUACUUUAAUCCUCUUUGAAUCAGAAAUAAGUUUCUUUUUAAUUGCUCUGUUUAAAAUAGGAAUCUUAAUAAAUUAUUGAAAUAAGGACUUUAUCUGAAUAUAAAUUAUUCUUGUUGAGUCUAUUGAUAGUUAAGAAGUGGAACUGUAUAAAAAAAGAGCUAGUACAACAUACAAGAGC